GCUUUAGCCGGGGCCCGAAGCGUCCCCGACCUCCAUGCAACUAUCAUGGCAGGGUUCACCUCCGUCCGUGAAGUAGGUGGCUACGGGUGCGAACUCGCGCUCGCCGUGAACGAGGGCCGCAUCCUCGGACCCACCAUCUACGGCGCUCACAGCGCAAUCAGCAUGACCGCCGGCCACGGCGACGUGCACGGCAUGCCCCUUCACCAACUCCAGGACAUGUGCGCCCAUGGGCUCCCCUUGACCAUUGCCGACGGGGUGCCAGAGUGUCUGCAAGCCGUGCGCAAGCAGCUUCGUCACGGCGCCCGCGUGAUCAAAGUCUGCGCCAGCGGCGGGGUCGUCAGCGCCAUCGACGACCCCCAGCACCAGGAGUUCUCCUUCGAGGAGAUGAAAGCUAUCGUUGACGAGGCUGCGCGCGCCAAACGCGUCGUCGCCGCCCACUGCCACGGCAAGGCUGGGAUCAUGAACGCGCUGCGCGCCGGGUGUCGCACGAUCGAGCACGGCAGCUUUCUCGACGAGGAGGCCGUCGAGCUGAUGCGCGAGAAAGGCGCCAUCCUAGUCGCUACCCGCAGCGUGAUUGAGACAGGCCUAUCGAUGCGCCAGCUCUUCACGCCGGGAUCAUAUCAGAAGCUGCUCGAGGUUGCUGAUGCACACAAGCAGGCGUACCGGUUGGCGGUUGCGCGCGGGGUCACCAUCGCCCUGGGCACGGAUCAGUUCAUCAGCUCGGAUAAUCCGGCUGUUGCGUAUGGGCGCAACGGCAAGGAGCUGGAGUACGCGGUGGAGGCAGGAAUGACGCCGUUGGCUGCGAUUCAGGCCGCUACGGCGAAUGGGCCGUUGACAUUGGGGGACCAGGCGCCCAAGAGUGGGCUGCUACGCGCUGGGUAUGAUGCCGAUAUCGUUGCGUUAGCAGCCAAUCCGCUGGAGGAUAUCACUAUAAUAGGGAAUUCGAAGAACGUGACGCGGGUUUGGCGCCAGGGAAAAUUGGUCAAGUCUUAGUAUUCAUCUCGGUAGUAAUAUUGUCAGUC